UCCUCCACUGUAUAGGAAACACUCAUAAUUGCACCCAACAGCUCCUAAGUUAUACCAACUUCUAAUUGAUUGAUAUAUAGCUUGAAUUAACUCUUUUUCCUUAAUCUUGCAACUAUAUAAAUCCACCAAUCUCCAUCAUAAACUUCCACACACAAACUCUCUUUUUCCACCUACCUUUGCAUGAUGAGUUCAAAUUCAUGCACAAACUCUUCAAUAAAUGGCUUCUACAAUAUGCUUAACCAAGGACUCAAUGAGCUUCACCAAUCCUUUCUCUCCCAUAACUUCAUGUCUUUCCAAUUCCUUUCACAAAUUAUCUCAUCUCUCCAAUCCUUCCAUUCUCAACUCACCCUUUUGGUUCGCAAACUUCGGUUGCCCGUUGGAGGAAAAUGGCUUGAUGAAUACAUGGAUGAAAGCUCAAGACUUUGGGAUUCUUGUCAUGUCCUCAAAUCUGCCAUUUCUGGAAUGGACAACUAUUGCUCAUCUGCCACAAAUAUAUCUUCUUCUUUAGAUGGCUACCAUCACUUUACUCCAGAAUUGUCACGUCAAAUUAUUCGCGCGAUAAAUGUUUGUCAAAGGGAGAUUCUAGGAAUGGAGGAGGAAAACAAGAGUUUAACAGAAACAAGGAUUGAACAACUAUCUCAAUGUUUGAACCAAAACACGAACAUCUCUUCGGAUUCGAAUUCAAAACUAAAUGGAUUCAGUGGUUUUAGAGGUGUUCUUUUCGCAAUGAGGAGUGUUAGUUCAUUACUUCUAAUGAUUCUACUAACUGGAAUUGCUUAUUGUUGGUCUUCAACUUGUUUUCACCAAGGACUAGGACAAGGAUACCAUGAAGGACACAUGGUUUUUGGAUCUGGUUUCAUGGUAUCAAUGUCAUUAUUGCAACAAAAAGUGGCAGAGGAAAUAGACAACAAUGAUGUUCAACAAGGGAUUAUGAUGUUUGAAUUUCAACAAGCAAAGAUUGCAAUGGAUGAAUUGAAAGUGGAAUUGGAAAGAAUAACAUGUUAUAAUAAUGGUGGUGAGAUUAUUCAAGAAAAAGUUGAGAAUGUGAAGAGUUGUUUUGGAUUGUUGAGAUGUGGUGUAGAGACUAUAACAGGACAACUUGAUGAUUUCUUUGAUGAAAUAGUUGAAGGAAGGAAGAAACUUUUGGAUAUGUGCAGCCAUAGGUAGAACUAGAACUAGAAAUUAAUAACUAGUACUUUUUUUUAUUUAUUUUUUUAUGUUAUCAUAAAAUUUUAAUGAAGCAAUGUAAUCCUAAAUCCUAAUCCCUUUUUUGUUCAUUAAUCUAAGGUCUUUCUCU